AGGUCAGACAGCCAUCAAAGCGUAACAGACGAUUGGAUAUUUCCCCCGUCAAUCCCAAAAUAAAUAAAAACAGGAUAAUACUUACAAAUUAAUAAUUUAAUAGAAUACAAAGAGUACGUUUAUUACAGUUAAACAACGUGUAAAAUAAAUUAAUAUAAAUAAAAUGUCGAGUGUUUAAACCUACGGCGUUGUUGUGGGAGGAGCUUCGCCUCAAAGAUCUUCCAGCGCAGCAGCAGCUCCUACACAUUGCAAGUAUGGCCGGGGACAGUGAGACACAAUUAAGGGACCGUGGCGAAAACGCCGACGUUGUUCGACAACCCUUCCUCAUCGGUGUCUCCGGAGGAACCGCCAGCGGCAAGUCGUCUGUAUGCGAGAAGAUCAUGGAGCUGCUGGGCCAGAACAAGAUCGACCAUCACCAGCGGCAGGUGGCCAUCCUCAGCCAGGACAGCUUCUACAAGGUGCUAACUCCAGAGCAGAAAGCAAAGGCACUUAAGGGCCAGUUCAACUUUGAUCAUCCAGAUGCCUUUGACAACGAGCUGAUCCUGCAAACCCUCAGAGAGAUCCUGCAGGGGAAGACGGUCCAGAUCCCAGUUUAUGACUUUGUCAGUCAUUCCAGGAAAGAGGAGUUUGUUACAGUGUAUCCGGCCGAUGUGGUCCUGUUUGAGGGCAUCCUCAUGUUCUACUCACAGGAAAUCAGAGACCUGUUCCAGAUGAAGCUGUUUGUUGACACAGAUCCAGACACACGGCUCUCACGCCGAGUUUUAAGAGACAUCAGUGAGCGUGGUAGAGAACUGGAGCAGGUGCUGGCUCAGUACAUCACUUUUGUGAAACCUGCCUUUGAGGAGUUCUGUUUACCAACAAAGAAGUAUGCAGAUGUGAUUAUUCCACGAGGAGCAGAUAACCUUGUGGCCAUCAACUUGAUAGUACAACACAUCCAAGACAUUCUGAACGGUGGACUAAGCAAGCGUCACAGUGGCUGCAUGAACGGCCACAGUACGCCACGUCAGCGACGCACCUCAGAGUCCAGCAGCCGGCCUCAUUGACCUCGUCGCACCUCUCUUCACAGGGCGGAGAGGGGUGUCGGGUUGCGCUGUAAAUAAUGCCUGUUGGCAUCCUUGUAUUUAAGAGAUGCAGAAAGAAUUGAAAUGCCUUUUAUUAUGACUACUCUUGUUAUUAGUAACUUUCAUUGUAAUUGUUGAAUUUGGGAUUUAGAUUUUUGUCAGGAGGGUAUGAGCGACACUCUUAUGAGACCAUGGGUUAAAAUUGACCUCUUGCAUUUUGCUCCUGGUUUGCAUUUUGUUUUGUAGCCCCUGCUGCUCCAUGGAAAUUCAUGUUGCCAAUGAAUAAAAGAGGGGAAUCCUUUUACUUAUUUGUUUUUUUUUAAAUGUCUGAUAAAACUUGAACCCCUAAAGGCUGGGGGAGUCUGAACUGUUUGGGUGGGUUCCAAACAAGGACGUGGAUUAGAAGACGAGUUGAAGAAACCAGGAUUGUGCUCUGUAUUUGUACUGACAAUCUCGGGGUUUUCUACCCCUUUCUUUUUUAAGUGUUUAAGUUCCGUCGUAAUGUGUUACACUAGAGGUCUUGAUUACUGCACCAAGUAUCCGCUGCAUUGAUUCUGUAUGUCUGCAGCAGCAGUAACAAUACAUGAUUUUUUUUCAGUUCUAUCUGUCACAUGCCGAAUAAUGUGACUACUAGACCAAUGAAGCCAAAGGCUGGAAGGUUCAACUGAUUACUGUAUUAGCUCAGUCUAGUAUUGUGGGAAUCGUUACAUUCAUUGGCUGCAUGGACCCUCUGGUAAAUGGCCUAUUGAUGUACAAUUGUCCCCAUCAAAACACAUUCAUACAAGUAUUCAUCUUUUGUGAAUGAAAAUGAACUAAGUCUGAAGAAUUUGGAUAUAUAAUUUCCUUAUCUUGCCCUAUUUUGUUAGUUUUACAUACAUACACAUGCCAGAAUGAGCCCCGUUAAAUAAGUAUAAGGUAGGAUUUGUAUACUCAGGUUGAAAAUACCAGUUUGAUUUGAAAUGCAGGAAAAGGGGUGUACUUAUGUUUUAUGCUACAGCAAUAUCAGUUAUUUCCCAGGUGUGUGGCUAUUGACCACCAAGACCCACCACAAUGCCGCUGCAAAGUUGCCUCAGGUUAACAUGUACAGCAAGGAUCCACACUAGAAACCAGUUUUCACUCUAACCUAAUGUUACAAUAAAUGAAUAACUGUUGAACCAGUUUUGUUUUCUAAGUGCUGUAUUUGUUGUAUGUAGUGCAAUUGAAUGAAUGAUUUGUACCAAGAGAUUUGUACUGUUUGGCUGUUGGAUUGGGUUGUAGGAUGAUUUAUAACUGAAUGUGGUCUAUUGCUUAACAAUCAAUAAACUGAUGCAGUCUGAA